CAUGGAAACAGUCACAAAUCUAUGAAAAAGGAAAUAAAAACCCACGAACUUCUCUGCACCAACCACUACUUGCGUGGGGUCGGGGACAGACAUGUACUGCGUGCCUUGUACCUCGAUGAACGCUGUGUUCCUGUAGACACGUCGCGCCUCGGCACCUACAGUCAGGGACACAAUCUAUUACAACUCACCAAGGACACCUUCUGGUCGAAGGAGCGCCAGUGUACGGCAUUAACUGCCAUACUACGUUCCGCGUCAUUGCAACGGCUCGGGUCCGCUUUCGUAGAUAGGGCCAAUUACUCUGGAAGUUGACUCAUUGGCCGCUAAAAGCCUUCUUUUGUAAAGAGGUGGCUGGUGCUGAUGACUCGUGAGGGUUCCGAUGUCUUUGUUGACAAGUAUAAAGCUGCCCAGAGUCAUAACGUCAAAACGGAUCAGGUUCUGCGUUCGCUCGGAUCGAUAGCAGUUCGGGUGAUAGACCAGCUCACCAACGCGUUGCUUUUCUUUGCACAGGGUUGUAAUCGGUCUCAUCUUGUGCGCUGGAUUCGGUGCUGUUGGGACAUUCUGUUGCAUGAUCGUUGGACAUGGUAUUCUUCAGACCCACAUGAGUGGGUUCUUUGUCUCGAUACACUCCACCGCAAAAGUCGGUGCAGUGGGAGGGGCCAUCGUCAAUGUAUUGCUGCUCCCUAUCAUGAUAUCAUUUGUUGUAUCCCAGCCAGCGGUGACAUCCCCACUAUGCCUAGCCCUCCUUACAGCUGGUUACCCCACAACGAUAGCUUCCAGCUGUGUAGGCGUGGUCAUUCUCCGUCACAUUCCAGGAGGAACACUAGAUAUUCCUCGCGCAACAUGCGCAGCUGCUGUGGGAUACUCUGUUCUUACCUCUCCAUUCACGCUAGUCACUAUUUAUUCCGUAAUACAGAGAUGCAAAUGAUGUUGCACUUUCCCCUUCCGUCCCAUAGCCUUGCUGGGCAAGAUAGCGUACGAUUUUCCAAACCAUUUCUACUUCAUAGGUUGUUCUGUUUCGACCCCGACGAAGCCUCAUCGCUUUUGUCGGAAAUAUGGACGUCAUUAUCCUCGGGAUGAGUGUGGUCAAUGAAGAUGAUAUUGUUCUGGAUACCGCGAAUGUCGGCACAGCCCUAGGUCUUGGUAGCA